CUUUAUUAGUUAAACAAGUUGCACAAGUCUUAUUUAUUUUUCCAUCAAGCACAAAAGCUUCAGGAGGAUAUUGGUGUGUACAUGAGAUACAUUUUUUCAUCAUGAAAAAAAAGGCAAAUAUAAG